AUGGAGGAGCGGGUGAAGCGAUACAAAUCAUUAGGCCACACGGUCAAUCUUGUCACUUCAGAGGACAUAAGGUAUCCAGCCUCUGCAAUCGCCUUUAUCGAUGAUGACCUGAAAGGAGUGCACCUACCCCAUGACAAUCCUCUCGUCAUUUCACUACAGGUCGACCAUUGCCAGCUGGGAAGAGUUCUAGUCGACAGGGGCAGUGGGGUCGAUAUCCUCUUCUGGGAAGCCUUCCAGAAAAUGGGGCUAGAGGAAAAUCAGAUCCGGCCCUCCACCACACCAAUUUUGGGAUUCAAUAGCCAAAGAGUAUAUCCGAAAGGCGUCAUACGAUUGCCUGUGGUGGUCGCGGAGCGCACCCUGCUAGUAGAUUUCCUCAUUAUAGAUUCCACCACAAGCUACAACGCCAUCAUGGGGAGAAAUUGGAUCCACAGGAUGCAGGGGGUAGUCUCAACUUUGCAUCAGGUGAUGCGAUGUCUAUCACCCAACGGGCGCUACACUGUCGACAUCAAGGGAUGCUAG